AUGCCUCAUUCUCUGUCAACAAUGGAACCGCCUGCCCAGAAAGAUGACGAAACCCUUCCAGAUGCCCCCGCAGAGGGACAUGACGUGAAACUGGAGGAUAUGUUCGACGAUGACGAUGACGAGGAGUUCCCUGCAUCGAGCGCGCGAGACGUGAAGAUGGAGAGUUCUCCGGCCCCAGAACCAGAACCUGUACCAGCUCUCUUUCAAUCCGGCGUGGAUUCGCAUGUUAUGCUCGCCUUCUACCAGCGCCUGUUCCCAUUUCGCUAUCUUUUCCAAUGGCUAAACCAUGGAAUUGUUCCUACCAAAGAGUUCGGAAAUCGUGAAUUCGCCCUAACACUACAAAACGACGCCUAUCUCCGAUACCAAUCAUACCCCACUCCAGACCUAUUCCGAAGAGACAUCCUUAAAAUGAACCCUUCUCGAUUCGAAAUCGGACCUGUGUACAGCACCAACCCCCGAGACCGCAAGACCCUCAGAGGAGCCCAGAUGAAACCCGUCUCGAAAGAACUUGUUUUCGAUAUUGAUAUGACGGAUUACGAUGAUAUCCGAACAUGCUGCUCAGGCGCUAGCAUCUGUCACAAAUGUUGGGCAUUCGUCACUAUGGCAAUUAAGGUUAUCGACGCGGCUCUCCGGGAGGACUUUGGCUUUGAGCAUAUCCUAUGGGUAUACUCCGGUCGUCGUGGUGCUCACGCCUGGGUCUGUGACCCGCGCGCCCGCAAUAUGCCUGACGAUCGACGAAGGGCGAUUGCCGGCUACCUGGAAGUUAUCAAGGGAGGAUCUUCCAGUGGCAAGAAAGUCAAUAUCAAGCGACCUCUGCACCCGCACAUUAACCGCAGUCUCGACAUUCUCAAGAACCAUUUCGCACAAACGACACUUAUUGACCAAGACACCUUUACAAGCGAUGAACGGGCCGAGAAACUUCUCCAACUGCUACCUGAUAAGUCGCUCAACGACGCGCUACGGAGGAAAUGGAAUUCGUCUCCAGAUCGUCCCAGUGCGAAUAAAUGGGCCGACAUUGAUGCGUUGGCUAAGACUGGAAAGAGCGGCACGUUGAACACUUCUGCAUUGCGCGAUGCGAAGCAGGAUAUUGUACUGGAAUAUACCUACCCCCGUCUUGAUGCGGAGGUCAGUAAGAAGAUGAUUCACUUGCUGAAAAGUCCUUUUGUUAUUCACCCUGGAACUGGUCGAAUCUGUGUUCCCAUCGACCCGAAGAAGGUCGAAGAAUUCGAUCCUCUGUCUGUCCCGACCGUGCUGGGUCUCCUUGGUGAGAUUGAUGAAUAUGAUGCCAAGAACCCCGUCGGUACAGCCGAGGCAGAGAUGCCUGAUGCAACUGGCAGCGCGGUGAAUGGUUCUGACAUCAGAGGGCCUCGCAAAAUGCAAGACUAUGAGAAAACUAGUCUGAAGCCCUACAUUGAUUUCUUCCGGUCGUUUAUUGCAGGCUUGAUCAAGGAAGAACGGGCCGGCAAGCGAGAGCGUGAGGAGACUGACGCAAAAAUCAAAACUGAUCCGAUGGAGUUUUGA